AUGGGGAGGGAAGGACAGGCAGCAUCCCCCUUCGCAGCAAGCCCUGUCCCCCGUCACCGCCUGCUCGGCCUCUCCCCAGGGCCCAGCGGCGUGAACCAGCUGGGGGGUCUCUUUGUGAACGGCCGCCCCCUCCCUCCCUGCAAGAGGAAGAGGAUCAUCGAGCUGGCGGCAUGCGGCGUCCGGACCUCGGACAUCUCCCGCAGCCUCAAGGUGUCCAACGGCUGCGUCAGCAAAAUCCUGGGCCACUAUUACCGGACGGGGGCCACGGAGCCCAAGGCCAUGGGGGGCAGCAAGCCCCGCAUGGCCACCCCCGAGGUGGUGGCCAGGAUCGCCCAGCUGAAGCUGGAGCAGCCCUCCCUCUUCGCCUGGGAGAUCCGCCGGCAGCUGCAUGCCGAGGGCGUCUGCGCCAGCGACAGGACCCCCAGCGUCUCCUCCAUCAACCGGGUGCUGAGGAACCUGCCCAGCGACCUGCGGCUGGCGGCCCGGCGGGGAUUUGCGGGGGACGCGCUGCCGGGGGCCGGUGCUGCCGUCUCCCCGGGGACCCAGCACCCUCCCCGGGGCUCCGCGUCCGGCCGGCGGGUCCCGCUCAGCACCCAGCACAGGAACAGGACGGUCUUCUCCAGCCGGCAGUCGGAGGCCCUGGAGAAAGAGUUUCAGAGGGGACAGUACCCGGACACCGUCACCCGGGAGAGACUGGCUGCGGCCACCCAACUCCCCGACACAACCAUCAGGGUCUGGUUCUCAAACCGAAGGGCGAGGUGGAGGCGCGAGGCCAAGCAGAAGCUGGAGGCCGGCGGUGCAGAGAAACCUCUAGCCCAGAGGGAGAUCUCCUAG